UUUGCCUGUGACUUUUCAGUUUAAUUUCUGGGACAAGGAGUCUUCCCUCUUUCUCAUAUUUCAAUUUCACUUUGUAUUUAAGUUUUCAAAUAAAACUCCUUUUACCUUUCAAUAAUUGAUGCAAUGUACUUCAGUGUGCAUGUUUAUUGUAGAACUUUAAUACUUCAAAUAUUUGUAUAAUUUCUUUAUAGAAACGAUUACAAAAAGAACUAUUGGCAUUGCAAAAUGAUCCACCUCCAGGAAUGACGCUAAAUGAAAAGAGUGUACAAAAUUCAAUUACACAGUGGAUUGUAGACAUGGAAGGUGCUCCAGGAACACUAUAUGAAGGGGAGAAAUUUCAGCUUCUAUUUAAGUUCAGUAGUCGGUAUCCUUUUGACUCGCCUCAGGUCAUGUUUACUGGAGACAAUAUUCCUGUUCAUCCUCAUGUUUAUAGCAAUGGUCAUAUCUGUUUAUCCAUUCUAACAGAAGACUGGUCUCCAGCUCUCUCAGUGCAAUCUGUUUGUCUUAGCAUUAUUAGCAUGCUUUCCAGCUGCAAAGAAAAGAGGCGACCUCCAGAUAACUCAUUUUAUGUAAGAACGUGUAACAAGAAUCCAAAGAAAACAAAAUGGUGGUAUCAUGAUGACACAUGUUGAUGCCACCAUUUUGUGAUCCUCGUAGCAGAAGAUAGUCCUACUGAGAAAAUGAGCACUUUGAUCAUUCAGUCUUUGAACUUUAACCUUUGACUGGAAGUGACCUAUAGGCAAUGAAGACUACUUCCUUUGACUGCAUUUUUACUAGUGUGCAUUCUGGGCGCAUGUUGAUCGCUGGUUCAGUCCAUGCAACUGACAUGCUUUUAUUAGUCAUACAGUAUUAAUGCAGGUGUCCAGAAAUGUCAGAAUAAUUCCAUUAUUUUUGUUUUAAGCUUUUGGAAGAAUUCCAGGUCUUCAUAUAUUGUGCAAUAACACUGAGCUCCUUGGCGGUUUUGGUGCAUCCAUUGCCGGCAAUGGACAUUGUACCAGGGAAAGGUUUUGCUCCUGCCACAAAAAAGAUCGAUGCAUGACAGAGUUUAUGAAAGUUUUGGAUAUAUUUGGAUUAUAAGCAAGGGAUCGACCAUUACCUUAAAAGCCACCCGUUCUUUGAUAUUUGGAUUCUAUGCACUGUGAUUACAAAACUAGCAGCAUGAGUUACCAUGCUUAGCUGAAGGACUGUAAUAAGAUCAUUGCAUAUUUAUUAAAUUGUUAUCUGCUGUCAAAUUGUUUUGACAUGGAAGGCUUUUCAAGUGACAUUGGCAGAGAGGUACAAUGUUAUCCCUAUGGUGAAAUAAAACUACUUUUUGUAUAUAGUUAUUCAUAUCUCUGAAGCAAAGGUAUGAGUAAUUUAGGGUAUGAGUGGUUUAAUCAAGAAUUUAUUUUGGAGAUAGGAGAGGAUGGCAGUGAUAUAACUGAACUUGCUGCAGUCCAUAAUUGGGCUUGUAAUUUGUACUUUAGAGCUUUUUCCAAAUAGAUUGCACACUGUUAUUUCCUGCUAGCCAUCAGCAUGAGCCCUACUGCCUACACCAAUAUUUCAUUUAUUUAUGUGUUUGAAAGCAAUCCAUAUAACAUUUUUUGUUUGCAUUCACUGUUUCUUUUGUGUUGUAUGUCAUGUUUGAAUGUUACAAAACAAUAUUUUGAUUGAAAAGCUUUGUCAGAAGAUAUUUUCAUGUAAAUUAUUUCUUUAUCUUGUAAGCAUCAUCUUGUCUUUUAAUCCUGUACUAUAAAAAGAAAAAAAUACAUUUUUGACAGAGGCUUAAUGUUUU